AUUAACGUAAUAACCUUAUCUUUUUCAGUUAAAUCUAUAAGCUUCCUAAGGCUGCCAAAAAUGCACAAAUAUAGUUGAAAAGUCCAGAAUGAUCUUAAUAUGAAUCGAUUUGGACGAAACACUGAAUUUUGCCACAGAAAAUCAAGUUAUGGAUAAGUGAACCUACAAUACAACCUCAAAAUGUUGAAAACUAAGCGAAAACAAAAAGUAAAUUAUUUAGUAGAGGACUGGCCGGAUAACAUGAGCAUGGAUGAGGCCGCCUUCGAGAAGUACGCCCAGCAUCUUGAGCUCGAGGAUUUCGAGGAAGAGGUCGUAGGACUAACCGGCAGCGCGCAGCAGCUGGUAGCUGCCAGAAGAGACACAAUAGAGAAACUGCGAGCUAGUGCAACAUACUUGGAUAGUAUUUGGUUGAGGUGUAGGGUGAGUAAGACUAUGGGUACAAGUGCUAGUAUGGUGGGCGGAGGCCUAACUAUAGCUGGAGGAAUACUCACUACCCUAACAGCUGGUGCUGCAGCUCCUAUACUGAUUGCUGGAAUAGCGACAUCUAGUGUUGGGGCAGCAACUAAUAUAGGAACCAGUGUAAUCGAGAAAAUACUCAACAGCAGACAAAUCAAAGAUAUGAAUGCAGCCCUGGAAAGAGACAAAGAUAUAACGUUAAAGAUGGAAUCCCAAAUAGAUGAUAUAAGACGAUAUAAAGAUUCUGUUCACCUCUCUCUACUUCUGCUUUCUAUUGAGAAGUUUCUGGGUAGUAACCAUCUUAUUUUCACCAUUCUUCAGGGAAUUCUUUUGUACGAUAUAUCUAGUACUCUCCCCUUCGCUACAGGCCUCGCGGUCCAGGGAGCUGAAUCCAUAGCCGUAGCUGCUAUAUCUGGAGCAGCCUCUAAAGCAGCAGCUAGUGUUGUCGGAGGAGCAGCUGUAAAUCCAGCUGCUAUUGGACAAGCUACAGGAGCUGUUGUAGGAAGCUGUGCAGCUGCAGCCACAGCUGUAGGUCUUGCAGCAGGAACAGCUGCUGGGUCAACAGCUUUAGCAGCUGUUGAAGUAGCUACAACAGCUGGAAGUAGUGCAGCUGCUGUUGCUACAACAGCUGGCAACAGUGCAGCAGCUGUUAACGGAAGCAUGGCUGUGAUAUCAACGUCUGGAAAAGAAACUGCUGUCAGUUUACUUAAGAAGACAGCAAGGGAUGGAGUAAAAUACAAUCCUAUUGAUGCCGGAGUGUUUGUGGAGAGCGGUAAAGUGAUUGGGCAGAAUAGUAUACGGGUUGCAGGCCAGGUUAUUAUAGGAAUCAGCGCAGCAUUUCUUGUUUGGGACGCCAUUGAUCUUGGAUUUACAAUCAGUGAUCUAGUCAAACGACAGGGUAGUCAGGCAGCCAGGACACUCAGAGAGAAAGCUGAUAUCCUUGAGAAUGCAUUGGAAGAGACAAUAGGAACCUAUUCUCUUCGUUUACCAGACUAAUAGGAACCUAUUCUCUUUGUUCACCAGACUAAUUGUUUAAACGUGAUAUUUCAAGAAAGUCUGAAACCUAUCCAAUCAGUUUAUUAUAGCUAUUAACCAGUGAGAAACUUGCAUUAUUAUUCAAGUAGUAUAAAAUUGGGCCUGUAAAUCACAAGGUGCGUGUUAUCAGAGAUAAUUCUAAACCGGGCAUAUUGUUUAAAAUUAAAAUUUGGAAAAAUAAAUAAACGUAAAAAACCUAACCCGAUCUAUGAAGAUUGCAUUGCCAAUUUGAAAUCAAAAUAAACAUCUAGCAACAUAGAGCAAUGCCCAGUCAGUUACUAUAAAAGUCUGGAAAUCGGAAUCAUAUCAAGUCUGAAAAACGGAAUUAAAUGCUUGGAAACUAGAAUCUUGAGACUGGAAUCCAGAAUUUUGAGACUGGAAACCAGAAUCUGAGACUAGAAACCAGAAUCUUGAGACUGGAAACCGGAAUCUUGAGACUGGAAACCAGAAUCUGAGACUAGAAACCAGAAUCCGAGACUAGAAACCAGAAUCUUGAGACUGGAAACCAGAAUCUUGAGACUGUAAACCGGAAUCUUGAGACUGGAAACCAGAAUCUGAGACUAGAAACCAGAAUCUGAGACUGGAAACCAGAAUCUUGAGACUGGAAACCAGAAUCUUGAGACUGUAAACCGGAAUCUUGAGACUGGAAACCAGAAUCUGAGACUAGAAACCAGAAUCUUGAGACUAUAACCCAGAAUCUUGAGACUGGAAACCAAAAUCUUGGGACUGGAAACCAGAAUCUUGAGACUAUAAACUAGAAUCUUGAGACUGGAAACCAGAAUCUUGAGAUUGGAAACCAGACUAUUGAGACUGAAAACCAGAAUCUUCAGACUGGAAUAAGAAUAUUGAGACUGGAAACCAGAAUCUUGAGACUGGAAACCAGAAUAUUGAGACUGGAAACUAGAAUCUUGAGACUGGCAACCAGAAUCUUGAGACUGGAAACCAGAAUCUUGUGACUGGAAACCAGAAUCUUGAGACUGGAAACCAGAAUCUGAGACUAGAAACCAGAAUCUUGAGACUGGAAACCAGAAUUUUGAGACUGGAAAUCAGAAUCUUGAGACUGGAAACCAGAAUCUUGAACCUUGAAACCAGAAUCUUGAGACUGGAAACCAGAAUCUAGAGACUGGAAACUAGAUCCUCAAUCGGAACACCUAAAUCAAGGUCCUUAGAACCAAAAGAAUAAGUUUAAAAUCACUUUAUUACGUUAAAGAUAUUUUCUAAAAAACAUGGUGAAAAUUUGAG